AUGGCUCCCCCCGCGCUGCCGCUGCUGCUGCUGCUGCACCUCGCCGCCUGCUCCAAGCUCAACACCCCCAAGGUGCUGCUCCCCUUCACGCGCGGCACCCGCGUCAACUUCACGCUGCAGGCCAGCGAGGGUUGCUACCGAUGGUCCUCCAGCCGGCCGGAGGUGGCGAGUGUGGAGCCCCUGGGCCAGGACGAGUGUUCGCAGCGGGCGCUGGUGCAGGCACGGUCCUCGCAGCCCACCCGGCUCACCAGCAUCAUCUUCGCCGAGGAUACGGGGACUGGGCAAGUGCUUCGCUGUGAUGCCAUAGUUGAUCUAAUUCAUGGCAUCCAAAUUGUGUCCACAACGAGAGAGCUCUACCUUGAGGAUUCCCCCCUGCAGCUCAAAAUUCUGGCUUUGGAUUCGGAAGGGAACACGUUCAGCACGUUGGCAGGGCUGGUGUUUGACUGGACCAUAGUGAAGGACCCAGAGGCUGGAGGGUUCUCAGACUCCCACAGUGCCUUACGUAUCCUCAAGUUCCUAGAAUCCACUUACAUCCCACCUUCCUAUAUAUUAGAGAUGGAAAAAGUUGCCAAGCAAGGAGAUACCAUUCUGGUGUCUGGAAUGAAAACAGGGAGUUCUAAAUUAAAAGCAAGACUACAGGAAAGUGUCUAUAAGGAUGUACAUCCUGCAGAAGUCAGAUUGCUUAUUUUGGAAAACAUCCUUUUAAAUCCAGUAUAUGACAUUUAUCUGCUGGUAGGAACAUCAAUUCAGUACAGAGUUCAGAAAAUGAGGCAAGGGAAGAUCACAGAAAUAGCGAUGCCAUCAGAGCAGUAUGAGCUGCAGCUCCAGAACCACAUCCUGGAUCCCGAGGGAGAUCCGGCCCGACCCGUUGCCAGCUUGGACCGGGCAACAUCCACUGUCACUGCAUUGCAGCAGGGCCACACCAACCUGCUCCUGGUGCACAAGAGUAUCCACAUGCAGGGGGUGUCCAGGCUGCCCAACAGCACUAUCUAUGUGGUAAAUCCUGGGUAUUUAGGAUUUACAGUUCACCCAGGUGACAGAUGGGUCCUGGAAACGGGCAGGCUCUAUGAAAUUACAAUCGAUGUGUAUGAUAAAUCAAGCAAUAAGGUGUAUUUGUCUGAUAACAUCAGAAUUGAUGCUGAGCUGUCCAAGGAGUACUUUGAGGUGCUGCAGUCAUCUCUGAAUGGAUCAUAUCAUUAUGUGAAGGCAGUCAAGGAGGGGCAGACCAGCAUUGAUGCUGCCCUGACUGCAGUAGUCGAUCAGGAUGGAGGGGUUCACACGUUACCAGUUCCGGUGCGGAACCAGCAGGAUGUGGAAAUCUAUGUUCCCAUAGUUCUGUCGCCCAGUAUCCUGACAUUUCCUUGGCAGCCAAAAGCAGGAGUCUACCAGUACACCAUCCAGGCUCGAGGUGGAAGUGGAAAUUUCAGCUGGUCCUGUUCUAACCAGGCUGUUGCAACAGUGACAGUCAAAGGAGUAAUGACGACUGGCAGUAAUACUGGGAUCAGUGUUAUUCAGGCAGUUGAUGUCCAGAAUCCCUUGCAUUAUGGAGAAAUGAAGGUGUAUGUCACUGAACCCAGUGGGAUGGAAUUCACUCCCUGCCAGGUGGAAACACGUGUUGGCCAAACCCUGGAGCUGCCCCUGCGGCUCAACGGCCUCACGACGGAGACGGGCGCGUUGAUCCCCCUGCGGGACUGCUCCCACCUGCCUCUGCAGGUGGAGGUGGAGAACCAGGGCGUGUUCAGCCCACUCGAAGGAAGACUUAAGCCAACUGCUGAUUUUUGCAGUGGAGUCAGAGUGAGGGCUGAAGCUCAGGGGUACACAACCCUGGUGGUGAGUUACACCCACGGGCACGUCCACCUCAGCGCCAGCAUCGCCAUCGCCGCCUUCCUGCCACUGAGGGCUGUGGAUCCACCAUCUGUUGCUUUAGUGACUUUGGGUUCCUCCAAAGACAUGUUGUUUGAAGGAGGACCUAGACCAUGGGUCCAAGAACCUUCCAAGUUCUUCAGGAACAUCACUGCUGAGGAUGCAGAAAGCGUUUUCCUGUCUUUACUUGGCCCUUCUACUUCUCAAAACCACAACCAGCACUGGGUUAGAGUGUCGUGCAACAGCCUGGGAGAGCAGGUUAUUGCCCUGACAGUUGGGAACAGCCCCACAGUGACCAACCCCUUCCCUGUGGUGGAAGCUGCUGUGGUGAAGUUCAUCUGUGCUGUCCCUUCCCGGCUGACCCUGAUCCCUGUUUAUGGCAGUCCCCAGCUCGACCUCUCCUGCCCUUUGCUGCAGCAAAACAAGCAAGUGGUUCCUGUCUCAAAUUAUCGCAAUCCAGUCCUGGAUUUGGCUGCCUAUGACCAGCAAGGCAGUAAAUUUGAUAACUUCAGCUCUCUGCAUGUUGUCUGGGAGUCAACAAAAACAGCCUUUGCUCAUAUUGAGCCUGAUAUGCCAAUGGAGCUGAUUCUGAAGGAGGAUGGGAGUGGUCAGAAGAAAAUGCACGGCUUGCAAACUGUUGUAGUUCAUCGUGAGUUUGGGACAGCUGCCAUCUCUGCAACUGCCACCGGGUACCAGCCAUCCCACCUCAAGGCAGCCAGAGUGAAAACACAGUAUGAAGCUCUGCUCCCAGUGUCUGCCACCAUUGAGCUGAUCCUUGUGGAGGAUGUCAGAGUGAGCCCUACUGAUGUCUCCAUUUACAGCCACCCUGACAUACAGGCAGAACUUUUCAUCAGAGAAGGUUCUGGAUAUUUUUUCAUUAACACCAGUGUGCCAAACAUUGUGAGAGUGACCCAUGAGGAGACUCGAGGUGUUGCUUUGGUGCAGCCUCUGCUUCCAGGAUCAGUGACUGUAAUGAUUCAUGACUUGUGCCUGGCUUUCCCUGCCCCAGCUAAAGCUGAAAUCCAUGUGUCUGAUAUCCAAGAGCUGUAUGUCCGAGUUGUUGACAAGGUGGAGAUUGGAAAGACAGUGAAGGCUUAUGUCAGAGUUCUGGAUGGCUCUAAGAAACCUUUUCUGGCAAAAUAUUUCACUGUCAUGGACCUCAGUCUAAGAGCAGCAUCUCAGAUUGUCUCGCUUGUCCCCCUCAGGGAAGCUCUGGAUGACCACACUGCUGCUUUCCUCGUGCAUGGCAUGGCCAUUGGGCAGACGAGUCUUAUGGCAACUGUGGCUGACAAAAAAGGACAAAGAAUCAACUCUGCUCCCCAGCAGAUUGAAGUCUUUCCCCCAUUUAGGCUGCUGCCAAGGAAAGUGACCCUAAUUAUUGGGGCCACGAUUCAGGUGAGGCCUCUUCUGACAUAUUUUCUUUCUUUUAUGCCAGUUUAUGUCAUGGGCAUCACCAGCAGUCAGACCCCUUUCUCUUUUGGCAAUGCUGUGCCAGGGUUAACGUUCCACUGGUCCGUCACAAAGAGGGACACUCUGGAUGUCAAGACAAGGCACAGUGAGGCUUCUUUUCAGCUUCCUGCAAAAUACAACUUUGCAGUGGAUGUUUAUGGCAGAGUAAAGGGAAGAACAGGCCUCAAAGUAGUUGUGAAGGUCCUGGAUCCUGCAGCCAACCAGUUCUACAACAUGGCACGAGAGCUGUCCGAUGAGAUCCAAAUUCAGGUGUUUGAAAAACUUCACCUAGUCACUCCAGGAGUGGAAGCAGAGCAGAUCUUAAUGUCACCAAAUUCCUUUAUUAAACUUCGGACAAACAGGGACCGAGUGGCUUCCCUGAGAUACCGUGUCCUAGAGGGACCAGAUAAAGUUCCUGUGGUGAGAGUUGAUGAGAGAGGUUUCCUUAGGUCUGGGUCUUUGACUGGAACAUCAACACUGGAAGUGAUUUCCCAAGAAUCCUUUGGGACCAACCAGACUAUCGUGGCUGCUGUUAAGUGGGCAGGGGCGGUGCAGGGUGAUUUGGGUGAGCUCAGUGAGCAGCAGUGUGCUGAGCAGUGUCCAUGGGGUGUGGGCAGUGGGCAGGGGCAGUGCAGGGUGAUUUGGGUGAGCUCAGUGAGCAGCAGUGUCCAUGGGGUGUGCUCAGUGAGCAGCAGUGUGCUGAGCAGUGUCCAUGGGGUGUGCUCAGUGAGCAGCAGUGUAUUGAGCAGUGUCCAUGGGUGUGUUCCAGGCCUUCCUGGUGUGUGGAGCUCCUCCUCCAGUGCUGUUCUUCUCAUUGACUCCAAAACUGGUGUGGCCCUGGCCAGGGACUCUGGGCUGGCCACUGUCUACUAUGAGAUCCCUGGGGUACUGAAAACAUACAGAGAGGUCCUGAUCACUGCUCCCCAGAGGACCAGAGCAAUGCAUGUCAGUGGGCUGCACACAAGCUCACAGGGAGCUGCAGCCUCCAAAGUCAUAGUUUCAAUUGGGGAAAGAAAUAAAAAUUUGAAAGGGGAGUGCUUACCCACUCAGGUUGAAGCCAUUGCUGAGUUACAACCACAGUCCAUUCUGAGUUGCCACCUGGAUUUUAGCAGUGACGUGUUUGACUUCUCAGCACGGGAUGUUUUUACAGCAGAACCUGGGUUUGAUGCACUUUCAGGACACUACACGUGCUCCAUCUCCAUGCACAGCGUGUCUGAGAAGCAGCUGAGGCAGCUGAGCAGGAGCAGAGCCACGCUGCGGGUCACGGCCGCGCUGCGGGGCAGCCCCUCCCCGGGGCAGCAGGGCAGCACAGAGGUGCCCUUCAGCCGCUGGUUCUAUGCUGACCAGACAGAAAUGCUCCUGAGCAACCAGUACGUGAGCUCAGACCUCAGGAUAUUUGGGGCCACUGACAUUCUGGACACCCUGGAGGUGAAAUGUGGGUCCCCAGCAGUGAAGGUGCUGGAGAAGGAGAAGUCCUACGAGCUGCCCAGUCACGUGGUGUACACUGUCAGCCUGGCUGAUCCCAGAGUUCCCAGCCAGGGCUCCUUGUCCACCACCCUGACUGUCUCCAGCCCCAUGACUGACCAGUCCAUCACCAUCCCAGUGACAGUGGUUUACCUGGCUGACAGAACCACUGCGCCAGUGAGAUAUGAAGCCAGUCUUUUCCAGCACUUUGUUGAGUCUUACCAGGUGAUGAUCUUCACUCUUUUUGCACUAUUAGCAGGGACAGCUGUUAUGAUCAUAGCCUAUCAUGCCUUUUUCUCACCGAAUGGACAGCACACUCACCCUGUGUUCACCCCAAGGACAAGUCCUCAGCACACCCUUAACAGUCUCAGUGUGUCACCUGCUCUUUCCUUCAGUUCUCAGUGCUCCAGCAGGAGGACAAGCCCCUCACCCACGCUCUGGAGCACAGGUUAUGCCUCUCGGUAGAGCACCAGGACUCACCUCCAUGCACUGGGGCUGCAAAAUAAAUCAGUGCCUUGGCAGAUUUGAGAACUUCAGCAGUUGUGAUGUAAUUCAAGUCUUCUCUUGAAUGUAACUAGUCCUUAAGUUAUUUUUCUUUUUAAUAUUUAGGGCUCUGAAUUUAUUUUUUUAUGUCAGUGCUUCAGUUCUCACAAACUUGUUUUGUCUCUGAUGCUCAGUGGCAGUGCUGCCUAGACAAAAAGCAGUAUUCAUAUUAAGCUGGCUUUCUUGCACUCUUCAGCAGCUAGAAGUUAUGUCUAAGUUAUAGUGUUAGCAAUUUUUUAUUUACUUUUUUGUAAAUCAGAUUUAUUUUUAAUGAACUUUUUAAAAAAGGGAACUAGAAAAACAGAUGAAAUAUGAGCCAAAAAAUUGAAGGAUUGUAUAUGUCAAAGAAGUAGUUUUUAUUUUGAGUUCCAAAGACUCAAGAAUGUACUGCACUGAUAAGUGUUCUUAUGUUUAGCCUUACAAUGGGAUUCAUCAGCACAAUAUGCUGAUUCAGCAUGAAGAAUGCUGGAACAACUGUGAAUAAUUUGGUGGUUUUUUACAACAACAAUAAAAUAAAAAGAAACCCAAAACAUAGAAUGGCUUCCUUUGGGUACAACUGCAGUAUUCAUUGGUACUGUAAGCACUUUUUUGGACUGGGACUAUGUUAUUUGAUUCUGUAUUUUUUAAUAAAGCUUUGUAAGAUUC